UUUAAACACCGAGAGCAGCUCCCGGCUCAGAUGAGUGAGCUCCGGGGGCCUCCUCUGUUCGGUCUGUGGCUCGAGGUGUGAGGAUCCAAACACUGCUGGUCUGUGGUCUGCAGAGGAACCCGAGCGGGAACGAGUCCAGCAGCUCCGCAGCUUCCCACGGACUGAUCUCCCUGCAGGGGGCGGGGGUUGCGUGUUUCUUCCAAGGGGUACCACUCAUUCCCACACUCCCCCCUCCUCCUCAGUGAGCAGCAUCCUGGGCAGGUCCUCUGCUCGCCUCGAUCCGGCACCAGGGCUCAGCGGCAGCGGCAGUUCGAAGCCGACCAUGCGCCAGAGCAAGAGCCAGUGUCUGCGCCCCCGGCUGUGCGCGCUGGAGAAGGGGGACAACGGCUACGGCUUCCACCUCCACGGGGAGAAAGGUAAGACGGGCCAGUUCAUCCGCCUGGUGGAGUCCGACAGCCCGGCGGAGACCUCGGGGCUGCGCGCCGGGGACCGCCUGGUGUUCGUCAACGGGGAGGACGUGGAGACCGAGAGCCACCAGCAGGUCGUGUCCCGGAUACGAGCCACCCCGGGCCGCCUGGAGCUCGUCGUGGUGGACCCGGACACGGAGCAGCUGCUGAAGACGCACAACAUGAAGUGUCUGAAGGAGUACGUGACCGAGGGGGUCCCGGUGCAGCUCGAUGAAGAGGAGGAGGAGGAGGAGGAGGAGGUGGAGAAGGUGGAGGAGGUGGUGAGGGAAGAGGUGGACGGGACGGUUGGCGAGGAGAAGCGGGAGCAAGCGGAGGAAGAGGAGGAGGAGGAGGAGGUAGUUGUGAUAGUGGAGGAGCAGCAGCAGCAGGAGGAAGAGGAGGAAGAGGAUGUGACACCCAGGGAGUCCACGAAGACAAACGGGGACAUCCACGAGCACAUCGAGAAGAAGCUGAGCAUCAACUCUGAGAAGGAGGUGUGCACCGACCUGCGGCCGCGGCUGUGUGUGAUCCAGAGAGCUUCUAACGGAUAUGGCUUCAACCUGCACAGCGAGCGGGCGCGGCCGGGCCAGUACAUCCGAGCUGUGGAUGAGGACUCUCCAGCAGAGAGGGCAGGCGUGCUGGCCAAGGACAGAAUAGUACAGGUGAACGGCAUGAUGGUGGAGGGGAAGACGCACUCACAAGUUGUGGCCGCCAUCAAAGCCGGCGGGAACGAGACCCGGCUGCUGCUGGUGGACGCCGACACAGACGCCUUUUUCAAGAGGUGCAGAGUAACCCCCACCGUGGACCACCUGACCGGUCCGCUGCCAGAGCCUGUCACUAAUGGAGGAAUGGAGGAGAAGGUGAACGGCAGACGGCCCAACGGGGCAGAGAGGGACUCCAAGCUGUCCAUCAGUCCUUCUCCGUCCAGCGCCUCCUCCAACACCUCCCUCACUACCCUGCCCGCAAACACCCCACCUGAGGGUUUGGUGACCGGUGCCAUCCCGGCUCUCAACCUGAGUCUGCAGCAGGUCAAAGAGCUCGCCCACCAGAAACGAGCCAACAAGAAAGCGCCCCCUAUGGACUGGACCAAGAAAAAUGAACUCUUCAGCAACCUAUAAUGUGCCUGACGCCACCUGACACACACACACACACACACACACAUACAAACUUACAUACACACACUGAUAUUUUUUAUCAGAGCGAUUCUUACAUUUUUUAUUUUUAUUUUAAAGAAAUUAAAGGAGCAGUUUAACUAUUGGCAACAGAUACAAUUCAGGCCAUUCUGUAAAAUAUAGUAUAUUCUUCUUAUUACUCUCAAUGUUAUUAUAACCCAGAUAUUAUCGUUUGCUACUAACAAUGAAAGAUGCAUAUGCCAAUGAAAGAGACCUGGACCACGGUGAGAGUGUGUAUGUGUGUGUGUGUGCAUGUCGCUAUUUAUGCCCUGUGAAUAUGUUUCCUCGCUUUCUCUCUCUCUCUCUCUCUCCCUCUUUCUCUGUGUGUUUGGACCCUGACCUCUGACCUCUGACCCCUGAUCUGAUGCCUGAUUCAAACGAAUGGUGCCACGUUUAAUGACCGGCUCCUCGACUUAAACAUUUAAAAACAUUAAAGGAUCAGACACAUUUGAUAAAACUAGACAAUCAUACAUCUCUUAUUCUGCCACCUGUCGGUUUAGGGAUCAAACCUGUGACGGGAAAACUGAGAUUUUACCAUUUGAGUCGAUUUUAUUUACGCUAAUUACAUUUUUUCUAACAUGUAAGGUGUUUUCAGAAUCAUUUGUAAUUUUUUUACUGAUGGGUUUAAACUGGAAAGAACUACAUUUUAAAGUAGGUUAUUCUAUCGUGUAUAUAACAUAUAUCAUGUAUAUUUUUCACUCUAUGAAAUGAAAGUGGUUUCAGUUGAAUCCUGGGUUGCUCCAAUGCCAUUAAAUCCACCUCUCAUCUUCACGUUGUCUGAAUCCCUGAUAUUUCAUCUUCUGAAUAAAUGUGAACUACCGUCUAUAAUGAGUAACUUAUACCGUCCUCACUUUGUUGUCACUGGGACACACACAUUUUUUAGCGCAUGGAAGAUUGUUAUUGCUCUCUGAGAGAUUUUUUUUCCUAUCAAUGUCUUAAAAAGAAGAAUUGUGUAACUUUUCCAUCACAGAGUUUCUACGUCUCACUGGAUUUUGUGCAUUGGACCAAUUUUGAGAAAGUGUAUAAUUCGGAAAUUGGAAUACAUGAAGAGAUAUUUUGCAGCUUGUGUGAGCGAUUUGUAUUCUGUAAUAAAUCAGUCAUCACAACAUCAUGA